GGUAUUGGAGGGUUCAAUUGUAAUGGCUAAAAAAGUGUGGAGUUGUAAUCACAAUUCUAAAUCCACUACCACAUUUCAUUAAUUGAAAAUAUAUAUCAAUGCAAAAGGGUUGGAAGAAAUAGAAGAAGAAAGGAGCAUUGGAGUGGGGACUGGGGAGAAGAGAAGGAGUGGCAGAGGAAACUGGAAAAUGAAAACCACAAAUCCAAUGGGUGGGGCAGGGGGCUUAUAAAUAUCUUUCCCAAUCACGGAACUCACAUUUUAAUUAAAGGGCAACAGAGGGUGGACUGCCCAAUCAAAUCCAAUAUCCCAUGUCAGAUAGCUGCCACUCUCGUCACUUUUCAUGGCUCAUGAAGUCCUGCUUCCCCAACCCCCAACACCACCACCCUCAGCCCCUCCACCGCUCUAUCUCCCGCCACCACCACCAUCACACCACCAUCUCCUCCCUCCCCGACGACCUCCUUCUCGAAUGCCUCUCUAGGGUUUCUUCUUCCUCUCUUCCCUCUGUCUCUCUCGUCUGCCGCCGCUGGUCUCGCCUUUUAUCCUCCUCUGCCCUCUACGACCUCCGCCGCCGCAACGCCUCUAUUUACCACACUGUUUUUGUUUUCUCUGUUACCGAUUCUGGUCUCUUCGCUGCCACUCUCCGCUUCGGUGAUGCCUACUCUUGGAGAACUUCCUUUAUUCCCGCCGGCGACGGCGGCGAGGGCUUUCGAGGGCCGCUGUCGCACUCGCGGAUAUCCGCGAUUGGCCGGGGGAUUUACAUUAUCGGAAGGAGGGAGAUGGUACGUUACGAUGCCUGGACUGGUGCCCUGACGGCGAAGGCAGGGAUGGUUUUCCCGAGGAAGAAAUUCGCCGCAGCGAUGGUCGCCGGAAGGAUCUAUGUAGCUGGCGGGGCGGCCAGGACCUCGGCUCUGGAGGAAUACGAUCCAGUCAGCGACAAAUGGAGCGUUGUGGCGGAGGCGCCGAGGCGGCGAUAUGGGUGCAUCGGCGCGGCGGUGGACGGUGUAGUGUAUGUGAUAGGAGGGCUGAAGAUUGGCGCGUCCGAAAGUGAGGUCGUCCCACUCGCCGCAGGAGCGGAGGCGCAUGUGUACGCAAGCUCGAUGGACUUGUACGACGUGGAGGCGCGUGGCUGGCUGAGGAGCCGCGCCGUGCCCAGCGGAGGAUGCGUGGUGGCGGCGUGCGCUGCCGCCGGAUUUGUCUACGUUCUGACGAGCCACGCGGUGGAACUGUCCUUUUGGAGAUUCGAUGCUCGGAGGAAAGCCACCAGUGGCAGUGGGGGAGGAGGGUUUGGAGAGUGGUGCAGGAUGAAGAGUCCACCCCUUCCGGCGCAAGUCAGACUGGACAGCAGCGUGAGAUUCAGCUGCGUUGGAGUUGGAGACGCGGUGGCGCUGAUUCAGGUCACUGGAUGUAUAGACGACUUGCUGAGACGGAGUGGGAGGAGCACCAGAGGCUUAAGAGAAGGGCUGGUAUUGAUAUACGACGCCGCCGCCGGGGAGUGGAGCAGAGGGGCGGAUCUGCCGGAGGUGAUUCGACGCGCCGCCUGCGUUUGCGUGGAGUGCUAAAUUGCGCUGCACAAGGAGGGGUUUCCGUUUUCAGGUGCUGAUGAGUGGUGCUAACAUGCGCUGGAUGGUGUACGGUGGGGGGAACGGGCCCCGUGACUUUGUCACUAGUCUCUAGUGAACAAACCUUGAGUUUUUCUAUUGUUGGUCAAACGGCGCCAACUCUUAAAAAAGCCAAAAAAGAAGUAAACAAAUGGAUUGCUUUGAUUUGAAACUAUAUGUUUAGUAAUUGAGGAGCAUGUUUCUGAGACAUAAAGUAAAGGAUAAGUUUCAGCUUUUAUAA